AUCAAGGAAACCUACAUGAUGCAUCACAUUAAAAAGACAGCCAUGAGCACCAGCCACCCUGAGUCGGAUGCCCAGGCCCCCCUGAGCCCCCGCCUGCAGCCGUCCCGGAGCUCCUCCAGCCUGCUGGGUGAAGGCCGUGGGCAGAGGCCAGAGCUCCACAAGAGGGCCAGCAGCACGGUGUGGCAGGCCUGGCCCAGGGAGGCCGGUCCCCAGGUCCCCCAGGAAGAGGGGCGCCAGGCUGAGAGCAUGGAGGAGGCCUGGGCCCCCAGCCCCCAGCCACGGCUGGGUGCUGCGGGCCCUUGGCGGGGCAGCCCCGUGGACAGUGUGUCCAUGGGCAAUGGGGAGCUGAGUCGCCUGCAGGCCCCGGGUGCCACCGCCGUGCACAGGAGCCACUCGGACCUGGUCCGCAGCCCCCAGACGCGGGGCCACAGCGGUGCUCGGAAGUCCAGCCUCAGCUGCUUGGCCCUUGGUAGCUCGCCUGCCCGCAGGGCCCCACUGUGGCCUGGCAGUACUGCGGGCCUGGAAGGGGACCUGACUCUGGAGGAUGGAGCAGCCUCUAGAGCUGUGGAGACUUCUAAGUCAGCCUGGACCCUGGGUGCGACUCAGGCGUGGGUGCCGUCUCUAGGCCUGGGGGACGCAACCGCCCCCAGCAGCAGUCCUCAGCCUGGGCCCAAAGCCGCUGGGCAGCCGGCACCCACCCCCGGCCAGGCCCUGCCCCCUGCAGUGCUGCUCUGUGGCACGAGGGAGGUGGGGGUCGGCUGCUGCUGCCACACCCUGCCUGCCCCCGGGGUCCUGACAUUUCCCAAACUGGUGGCCUCGGUGAGUGAGUCUGGGCUGCAGGCACAGCAUGGGGUGAAGUUCCACUGCAGGCUGCCCAGGGGGCUUGCCGGGCACACCCACUGCUGUGCCCACCCUUGGGGUCCCGCUGGCCUAGCCACGGAACCCAGCACCAGGACCAAAGAUGUGUGGACCAUGACUUCAGCCAGCGACCUGGGCCCUGUGUUGGGGGCCCCUCCGUCAGCUCAGGAUGCUGGGGUGCAGGUGGCCCCUGUAGCGGCCUGCAAGGCUGUGGCCACCAGUCCCCCCUUGGAGGCCCCUCUGGCCCCACAUGUGUUCCCAGAGGUAACCCUGGGGGCCAGCCUGGAGGAGGCAACGUCCCCUGUGCGGGACGUGCGAUGGGAUGCUGAAGGCAUGACGUGGGAGGUGUACGGGGCUUCGGUGGACCCCGAGGUGCUCGGUGUGGCCAUCCAGAAGCAUCUGCAGAUGCAGUUCGAGCAGCUGCAGCGGGAGCCCCCCAGCGAGGACAGCGUGUCUGCCGAGGGCCGGAGGAGGCCACUGCGUGCCGUCAUGCAGUCCCUGCGGCGUCCCAGCUGCUGCGGCUGCUCGGGUGCUGCCCCCGAGUGAGGAACUGAGGCCCCCAGAGCUGCCUGGGCACCCCACCCCCACCCCCACCACUCGGCCCCCAGACCAGAGUGAAGGACAAUGGGGUGAGCUUCCAGGACCUGUGGGCAGCUCCACUCUCACCCAGCCGUCGGCUGCCUGCAGGCCUGGGGCUUCCUGCUCCCGCAGCCGGGCCGUGUUCAAGGGCUUGACCCCCAAGAGCCACAUCUGGGGAGGGAGUUUCGGCAUGGUGUGAGAGGGGGAUCCUGGUUUUCCUGUGAAAACACUAGACCUUCCGUCCCCUGUCCCCUCAGAACUCUGCCCUGCUCUCCCUUGGGAUCUUGGUGGCUUUAUUUCAAAGCAGUGCUGGGACAGCGCGGGCCCCAGAUGGCAGGGACGGGAAGCAGCCUUGUCGAAGUUCUCCUGCCUGCCAUGCCCUUUUGAGCCUUCACUCGAACCCCGUCUUACAGAUGACG